GGGGGUGUGGGGGCACGGGUGCAAAUGAAACAUCGAAUUAGUCCGCCCGCGGCUCUCAUUUUUUGUACUUCUACAUUAUAACUAGUUAUUGAACUAGGUGCACGAUCUGAAAGCCAUUUGUGGGGAAAAGAAUUCAUUGCUGUCUCUCCAUCAAUAAUCCUUGGCAGUGAACUAUUGGAACCAGUCAAACGCGGGGGGUGAAACGCAGGUCAGGCUGUCUAACUAAUAUUAAAAUGCGUUCGCCAGAGCGCAUGGGGCGAGAGGGGAGUAUGUGAUGUGCAUGCAGAGCUAUCACAACGACUGAGCACAACAACAUGCAUGCAUAUAGAUGCGUAAAAAGCCAAGAAAUCACAAUUUUUGUCUUUUUUACCUCUUCUUUUUAGUGUUUUCUUUGCUUUAACCAUUUUCUCACUCAAUAAAAAAAUCCAUCAAGCUGAUGUACAGAAUGUGAGCAGAAUUACAUGGAUGAAGAUGUUUUUGAGGGCCCCUGCACAUCUCCACUGUUAUCAAUUCUAUCGAUUCACAAUCUGAGCAUGUUUGCUGGCUCUAAUAACUCCCAAACAGGUCGCAGGUCCGAUAUUACAUUUUUCAUCCGAGGCUUUUCUCAUUAGCUUCCAGAGUGGCAGGAAAAAAGGUUACGGCGCGGUCAGUAUGGUAAUGGCAGCCAGGAGAAAUGCUUGGGAACAAAAGAAACUUAUUUUUCAUCUGCGCUGUCACGCAUCCCUUUUGUAUCCGCCGUGUUUGUAGCUGAAUAUUCAUACAGAAGAUACCUCAAAGGCAGAGGGUGAAUGUGGAGAAAAGACACCCUCUUCUCUUUGUGUUUGCAUAUGUAUAAAGAAAAAAAUGCACACUUUAAGUCUGCCUCAUGAUAUGGAAAAUAUAUUUAAAAAAAAAUAAUUUGUGGUUUAAACUCGUUGUUUUUGCACAAAGGAUCUCCUUUUCAGAGUCAAACCCAGAUCUUUAGUUGCCUAUAUGUACCCUGUAGAACCGAAUUUGUGUGGAAUACAAGCAUUCGCAAAUACGUCUCUACAGGAAUACAUGGGGAACUGAAAUACAACAAAGGAUGGCUCUGAUUGUUCUUCAUCAGCCCCUCCUCACUUGCCUCUAGCUGUUUUCCUUCAUCCCCUCCUUCCUCUGCAUACACAAGCACCAGUAACGAUGCGUGCAGCUCACACCCAGGCACCAGCAGUUGCUAUCUCUUUCUGCUGCAAACGCAUCCACGCUGCAGAUAACCCUUGGAUUGUGUUUGUAGGCCAGAGAGGCUAAAGAAAUGUGUGCGGUUCGCGGCUACUACUGUGUCAGAGCCUGUAAAACACGUUAGGAACCAGGGGUCGUUUAAAAGUGACUGAUUUACGGCUUUUAUUGCUCUAUAAAACGCCUCUAACAUCCUCGCCAGGGAUAAUAGAAAUGUCGUGCUGCAUUCUUUACAAACAAGUGCAGCCAGAAAUAUGAUAUGCAGUUGCACAGUGUGUUUUUAACCUUGUUAUGUAAUUAUAGCUGUGAAAAUAAACACUUUGGCUUACAGUGUGUUGCUGCAGACCAAAAUAUUGAGCUGAGUGCCCUCCUAAUUUAUUAUUAUUAUUAUUAUUAUUACUACUAUUUGGAGAAUUGUUGUUGCUUGUUGACCUGUCUGCUACUUUAGUUGUCCUUCUGACUCCAGAUGUUUUAUAGGAAUAGCUUGUGACAACUUUCUACAUGCAGACAAAAAGAGUUUACAGUAAAGAAGACAAGCUUUGAGGUGGAUUGUGGUUUUCCAACAGCAGCUCAAUACUGAUUUGAGCGUUAAUGUUUUUUGUGUCACGUUUGGAGCCAGGCCAUGUUUAAACCACGUUUAAAAGGAUGAUGUAAACACCCACAUGCAGAAAUGACUUGUUUUGUGCACUAUACGCAUUAGUGACUUGUUAGAAAAUCUUCUUCUGCAUUUUCUGUCACGGAAUUUGGCUUGUACUUGCUAGUGUCUCCUGUUGACUGUAAACAGGAGUCUGUACCCAGAUACAUGUUUGUGCGUCUUAGUUUUGCUAAAAAAGAGAGACUCCUUUAAGCACACUGAAUUGUUUUUCCUCUGUUUAUAGCAGAUCUUAUAGGUCAUUAAAGUAUGACUUUCAGGCCUGAAACUACAAAAACUCUGAUUACAUAAUGUUUGUUGUGAAGUCAGCAGGUUAUUGUUUAAUUUUAAUGGCUUUAUGCUUGGCUGCACGGUGGAUGAGUGUCAUCACUGCAACUCUUCAGUUUGAUUGUUCCUCAUCGGGGUUUGUGCCUCUGCUGUACAAAGUUUAAAUUAAUUCAGAUUAAAGAAUGUUGGGUCUGCUGUUUUCCUUCCAGCAAACCACAAAAAUCUUGGUUUUUAUGGUUUAUAGGCUGUUACUCUAAUGAUAAUGUAAAUAAAUGGACUUCAGGACGUAAUAUUUGUUUUUUGUGAGUAAACUACUUUCUAUUGGGGUGGCCAUGGUGCAGAAUGGUUGACUUCUGAUCGGACGAUUGCAGGUCUGGUUCCCGCCUUACCUCAGUGUGUGGAAGUGUCCUUGGCUAAGACACUGAACCCCACAUUGGUCCUGUUAUAGGUUGGUGUCAGUGUUAUGCAGUGUAUGAAUGGGAUUGUGACUGUAAAGCGCUUUGGGCCUUCGAAUAAUUUCAAUUGCUCUAUCCUCCUGAAAACCAGCCUAUUUAUGAAGGGGAAAUUGUUUUUUUCUGUCCUUUGACUCUCGAAUGAGACCUGAUGUGCUUAAAUAAGAACAUUCUAGCCUUUACAGUGAAAUCUCAGGUGUUCAGGUGGGAUUAUGACAAGUUAUUAUUAUUAUUACAAAAUAGAUUAUACAGAAAAGUAAACACUGACUUAACAUUAAAAAAUUGAAGUAAUUUAUAACAUCUAAUAUUUCCCUUUGGUACAUUAUGCAAAAAACAUACACACAAAAGACACAUGGCAUAACGUAUAAAGUUUAAAUUCAAAAGAGCAAUUUAAUAUCUUUGAUUAUGCCAAUGAGUACAGACAUUAAACAAAUGAUCUACUUUUAGGUCAUAAUUGUGCUGGUUCUCAGGAGGAUACAUGUGCUAUUUACGUUUAUUUUAAAUCAGUCAGAUUGCUGUUGCUUUCUGCAGCAAUUGUGUUUGGAAUGUGAAAAAUAGAAAAGUGAAAGCACCUGAAACAGGAAAUGAUUUUACAGAAUUGUGAUCCUCUACUAUGUGAUAUUACAAAGAAAAAACAAUUUCUCUAUUUUUAUUUUCUGUUUUAGACCAUCUGGGGCUAAAAUGGUUCUAGGAGAAUUAUCUAGAUGCAAAUCUCCAUGUUUGCCACAUGUGUAUUAAUGAGCCAUUAUCCUUUCCACAGCUAAGGUGCUGCUGGUAAAGGAGGGGCUUCAUAUAUUUAAAGCACCUCUCUGGCCUUCACACUAACACAACGAUCGGUUCUCUUUGGCGGUGCCCUAUCCUUGUCGAGCCUUUGUCCCUUUGAAUAAUUGGAACUGGUAGAUUUUGCCUGUUUUAUGUUUUUUUUUUCCUUGGUCAGCAGCAACUAGUUUGUCCCCAAGAUCAAUUGCCGUGGUAACACAACCAGAGAAAGGGAGGAGAGGAGAAGGGGGUGAUGGGGGAGAAGGAGAAACACAGGAGGAGAGAGAGGGAGAGAGGGAGAGAGACAGAGAUUUUUGCCCACAAUGGCGACUGUAGGUAUGCUAAAUACCUCUGGUUCCUUAUCCGGGAACUACCUCUUUCUCUGCUAUUGGGCCAUUGGGUCACGUGGUUAAAGUAACUUUACAGGGCUGCUCGCAAGUAGGAGGGCUUUAUGAAGCAGAAAAACGACAAAGCUAGAAAAAUUAUUUUCCACUCCAGAAAUUAAUGAUCAUGAGCUCGUAUUUGAUGGAGUCUAACUACAUUGAUCCGAAAUUUCCUCCAUGCGAGGAAUAUUCGCAAAAUAACUACAUCCCAGAGCAUAGUCCAGAAUAUUACAGCCGCGCGAGGGACACUGGCUACCAGCAUCAUCACCAGGAGUUAUAUCCUCCGCGGGCGAGCUACCAGGAGCGCCAGUAUAACUGUGCAAGCAUCCCUGAGCCUGACACGCCAAGGGGACAUGGAAUACCCCAUUCUGCGCACCUGCUGACAGGAAAAGGGCAACCAGCCUCAUGUGAAACGCCACAGUUGUCCAUGUCCCCUGCCACCCCACCGGCCGCUGCCUCCGCCUGCAACCAAGCUACCCCGGAGCAUCCAAACAGCACAGCCUCCUCCAAGCAGCCGGUGGUGUACCCAUGGAUGAAGAAAAUUCACGUCAGCACUGUGAACUCCGGUUACAAUGGGACGGAGCCAAAGCGGUCUAGGACAGCAUAUACCCGGCAGCAAGUCUUAGAAUUGGAGAAGGAAUUCCACUAUAACCGAUAUUUAACUCGGCGGAGGCGCAUCGAGAUUGCGCACACCCUGGUGCUCUCCGAGCGACAGAUUAAAAUCUGGUUUCAGAACCGCCGGAUGAAAUGGAAAAAGGACCACAGGCUCCCGAACACCAAAGUGAGGUCCUCCUCCUCCUCCGGGUCCAACACAAGCUCAGCGGCCGGCGGAGUGGCCGCUGCAUCGGCCACUAACACUGGGCCCGACGAACUCAGUGGAGCACAGCAUGGCGAGGAUAUUACCAGGUUAUAAAACAAGAUCGAGGGUAGACAAAGAACUGCUUAUUUAUAGGACAAUUCUAUAUUUUGUUUUCGUAGCUAUCUCGUGCGGUUUCCUUUAAGUCCAAAGUUAUAUAAAAUGCAUGUUAUAUGGCAUGGAUUACUGCGAAUACCGAUGAAUUAUUUUUACGUGACUACAGGGUUUAAUUUAUUUGAAGUUCAAUUAUGAUGUUUUUUAUUAAAAAAUGUUUUGAAUGAAGGUGGAAAAACAGUAAAAAAAAAGACAUUUUAUCAAAUUGUUAUUGUGGGCCAUUGUUUUGCCCUGCUGCCCAAUGUAAAAUGCACAAUCUAUUUAUUUCACGCAACACUGGAAGGAUACACUAUAAUGAUAGUUAUUUUUGGUAUUAAAAAAAAGCUGGAACACACCAUUGAUCUUGAACGUGUCUGUUUAGGAUAAGGUUUAAAAAAUGUGUGAAUUACCUCGUGUAUUUCAGAUACAGGUUUUUUGGUCUUCAGUUUAGUUUUUCGUGGUGUUGAUGUUGUGUUUAGACCGUCAAAAAGCGGAUUAUUGUGAACUGCAAUAAACGGACUUUAGUGUAUUUGUGCUAAUCAUAUUGGUCAAUAAAACAGUGAGUGUCUACUAGUUUUAAAAAACGUUUUUGUCGGAGUUUGUUUGAGGAGAGAUGACUUUUUGUAAAAACUGUACAGAUGUGUAUAUUUAACGUUUUUUAAAGUGAUGUUUUCACAUUAGCGCCACUAUUUGUUCCAUCAUUUUUUAAGCCGUCCUUAAAGUGGGGAUUUGUCCUGACAACAUGUGUGUAAACGAGUGCCAGAAUAUUUCUGAAGUUGAAAUCUGAAGGAAAAGGUUGCCAGCACGGAGCAUUGCACCAGCCUGAAGGGCAUUAAACAGCAUCGAGGCCCUCCAGCUCCUCGGAUACCUUUUAACUUCAGAUCAAAGAUUUAAAGAUGCACGAGCUUAAAUUAGAAAGUGUCAUUUCUUAGGUUUUGCAAAAUGUUGUGGAAAUAUGCACUCAUUUAUUUAUUUUUUUCUAUUUUCCACACGCGCAACAAAGCUGGGUUUUUUCCAAAAUGUGACCAAAAAAAGAGUAAUAAAGUCGAUGUACUGCAUCAUGUGGUGUUCGUUAACUAUCACAGUGAGGACAGUAAUGUAGUUACAUUUGUUCACAGGCGUUGCAGCAGCGUCAUGGCCAUGAGGAGGAGUACACUGCUGCUUUCAUGUGUGCUCAGUCUCUGGCUUGAGGUUGUAUAAACACUUUGCCCGCAUGCUUGCUGACUCCCAAGUGUGCAGUUUGCCUCCAUGGUACGCAGCAGCUUGAGAGAAUGUAGAAAGCUAAAAAAAAAAAAAAA